CUAUCAUUCUUUUGCAUACUAUUAUCUUAAAUCCCAACACUCCAAAAAUGUAUAUACUUUUAGAUUGAAUAAUUGAUACAAAUGAAAAUAAGCCUGAUUCAUUGCUAGAUGCCAUAAUCCAUGCCAAAGCCUUAUGUAAUCUUUAUAUUCAUCCAAACCAAAAUAAAAUGCCACAAAACCAAUAAGUAAGUAAAAUAAUCCUUUCUGUAGGUAAUCCUUAUUUACAAUUUAACCUUUCUUUGGGUAGAAUGUUUAUUUGAUUAUAAACAUGAUUAAACUUAUUAAUAUUGCAAUCACAGUUGCCCAUACAUUCCAUGCAUGUGAUUCUUAUAUUAUUACAACAGCU